AUGCCCAAAAAGAUAGCCCACAAGAGAAAGAGCUCAUCCAAGAAGUCAACACUUUACGAGAAAAAAAAGCUCAAGCUUAUUGCAAGCGCCGUCAACCACAUCACCGCCGAGUCGCCUAACCACGAGCUACUGUAUCUGUACUAUCGGGUUGAGGUCGGUACCUAUCUCUUACCAGCUUCGAACUUCAUCGGCAACGAAAGACCCUCCGAAGCCGAGUUUAUGGUCAAGAUCGCCAGGCAAUCAGCAGAUAAAUCCAAAAAUCCGUUCCUCGUUGCCAGAUGUGAGUUCUGGAUGGGUCGAGUUGAGUUCCUGCGUGGAAACAUGCACAAAGCUCAUGAGCACUUCGUGAAAGCGAAUCUUUGCGCCAUGGAUCCGAGCGAGGGCGUCGAAUGCCAGGACCUGAGCUUUUAUCUGGAUGUCACCAGGCAUGGGAUUAGUGAGCAUACUCGGGCUGCAAGACUACGUGCUCAUGAGGACGCUAUUCUGGCACACGCGAAAUUCGACAAGACUGCGAACAAUUCUGUGUCGACCGAAGUCAAACGCAAGCGACCAUUGAGGACUUGGAAGGGGGCUCUUGUCAAACUACAACUACCAGUGAUCAAACAACGCCCGCUUACUAAAGUCAUCAAGGCCCAGUGUAGGGUGCCAAUUCAGCAAAAAGUGGACAAGAACCACCUGGAGCAAGGGAUAGAGAAUCAGAAAAGCUCCAACAAUCAGGUACUUGGAAAGGUCCUGGCAGAAGAGCUUGGGUACGAGUCUUGGGGCAAUUCUGGGGAUGACACCGACGAUACCGAUACCGAUACUGACACUGAGAAUGAAUCGGACGAUGACUCCAGUGGAGGCCCUACAGACGGUACAGGUGCCAUCAAGGAUGAGAACACCAAAAAUGAGAACGCAACAAACCCCCCAGGCGCCCCUAGUAAAACCCAGCAAUCGAAGCCAUCUACUGACACGACCACAGCUCCAGCAAAACUCCCGACUGAGCAAUCUGCCUACAGAAUGCAGCUGGUAGCGGCGCGAGCCCGGUACAGACAAGAAUGUUUCCAGAUGGGCCUGACAACACGACUCAAUCCAGAACCCUACGAGCGCCCGAAGGAGCCAUUUGUGUUUGGAGUCCCCCAUGAACCGACAAAACAGACUCAAUUCCGGGCUGGAUUUUUCAAGAUUGGCCUGGAGAAACGCAGCCGCCCCAUGACCAUUUUCCCGAAACAGGCUGGCGAGAUCACUAUUUCUCCUGAGGAAUGGAAAUCUAUUGAACAGGAUGCUCGUCAGAAGAUUGUCACUUAUGAUUACUUGCGACGAGAAAGAUAUGAGUUGCUCAAGGUUGCUGAGGAGAUGUAA